AAAAUAUGCGUUCAGUUGCAACGCUUAGUAUUAUAGCGCUCGCAGCCAUUAAUUCUUUCAAAGUCGAUGCUAGGCCCACAGCUGUAAACAGGGCAUCGUUGCUUGCAACCACCUCUGCAAAUGUCACUGAUGAUCCACGAGCUGAUGCUGUUAGGCAAGCCUUCUUGCACGGUUGGAAUGGCUAUGUAACAUACGCGUUCGGACACGAUGAAUUGCUUCCAGUCAGCAAGAAGCCAUCUGAUUCUCGAAACGGAUGGGGAGCCACCAUAUUUGAUGCUUUGGAUACAAUGCUCAUUAUGGGUUUGGACGAUGCAUACGAGAAGGCAAUGAGCCAUGUCGAAAAUGUCAACUUCCAGGCAUCUAAAGAGAACUCGAAGACAUUUGAAACAACCAUUCGGUACCUUGGUGGACUUUUGGCAGCCAAUGAUCUCCGACCAGAUCCUAUUUUACGCAAGCAAGCCCUUGCCUUGGUCGAAUAUGCUAUUAUGCCAGCCUUUGACACAGCUGAUGGUAUUCCGGCAUCUUAUGUGAAUGUCAAUACUGGCAAGGCUGUUCCUGGCAACAGUCUCGAUCUUGCCGAGUUUGGAUCUGUACAAAUGGAAAUGACACGUUUGUCACAAGUCACAGGGGUAUCAAAAUAUAUGGACGUUGCAAAUGAAGUUGUUACCAGAGUACAAAACACCAAAACACAACCUCCUGGUCUGUAUGCUAUCCAGUGGACUGAUCAACCAUUCGAACCAGAUCCGUCCGGUAUCAUCACCAUAAGUGGAGGUGGCGACAGUUACUACGAGUACUUGCUCAAAAAUUAUUUAUUGUUGGGCUCUACCGACGAUAGCCUCCUUUCCUCAUGGAAAACGUUUGUCGAUAGCAUGGAAACAUAUUUGCAGCAAGAAGACGAAUUUCAUCCUUUCACCUACCUUGCUGAUAUGGAAGCUGAUAAACUGAUCAGCCAGUCUGGGGAGUUGGUCUGUUUCGUACCAGGAAACAUCAUCUACGGAGCAAAACUACUGGGAAACAAAGAGUAUGCUACUUUUGCAAAGAAACUGAUGGAUAGCUGCUAUCAAAUUUGGGAAGGAACCGAAACAAACAUAGCUCCAGAAGGCUUCAAUUGGAUUCCCAAAGGUGCAUCUUUAGACAGCUAUACAGAUAGUCAGAUUUCUCAGGACAAGAAACGAGGAUUCUAUUUCAGUCCAAGGCAAGCUUCCUAUGAUUUGCGCCCAGAAACUGUCGAGAGCUUGUUCUACUUCUAUCGUAUUACAGGGGACAAGAGCUACCAAGAUAAGGCUUGGAAGAUAUUCGAGGCAAUCGAAAAGUACUGCCGUACUCCUGUGGGAUACAGCAGCCUCAUUAAUGUCGACAUUGCGAACCCAGGGUGGUCAGAUUUCCAAGAGAGUUUCUUAUUCGCCGAGACCUUCAAGUACCUGUUCCUCAUCUUUAGUGACACUUCCACUAUUUCUUUGAAUGAAUGGGUGUUCAACACGGAAGCGCAUCCAUUCAGACUUCCAUCCACUUUGAACAUUCAGAUAUAGAUUAUUUGACAGUUUGAGCAGCACGUAUCUUGAGGGGCUCAACAAGCAUCGCUUUAAUAUAGGAUAUCGUGAAGGUAUUUUUAAAUGACUGACCAGCUAAUAUUUUUAUUCUAC